UUAUGGGACAUGCAGGCUACCAGUUUGCAAUGAGGAAAUAGCUUGUCAAUGAAUUCACUGUGCGAAAAAUCACGUGCCAAGAGGUUAUCUUCGAUGUCAUUGGUUACUGUAUGGGUGCUGCUGUUGUCGUAUUUUGGUGGAGUGAUUGACUUGAUUCGACUAAAUACAUUUAGGCUACUAUAGCCUACGUAAUGGAACGUGUUAGGAGUUUGACCCCCUCUCACUUUGUACCCUCUGAAAAGCUUGGUUUCAAUGAAUGUUGUGGGUUAGCCAACAUUUAACAGAUUGGAAGCAUACAUACGAUUUUCGCGCAGUAUGGCCAUGUUGAAGACCAUUUGGCUGUUAUGAAGCUGUAAAAGGUUUCCGUAUUGUUUUAUUUAUUUUCCAUCUUCUGCGCUUCAAUGACCAAGCUAGUUGACGAUGGUGCGCAAUUCUCCGCGCUUGUUGUCGGGGGAAUACCAAGACAACAUGAACCCGGGGACAACGACGUUUGGUUAGGGAUCAGCCCGUAUGGAGAGACCUCUCACUUCGCAGCCUUCAAUUUCAUUGCCCCCGCACAGAAGUCCCAGUUUAUUCCCCAAGUCUCCGGAUACGCAGCUGCGCUAGGAAGCCACUGCGGAGGGCACAUCGGUUCACAUGGAUACAGAGCUAUCGAUUCCAGGAAUAUUACGUUUACCUAUCGCACUCCAGACAUUGUCGAUUCCGCAGCAAGAGAUACUCGACACGGAUUUUUAAGCCGCACCGCAACAGGAAGUGUGCGAAUUCCCCCAAGGUUCUCUGAAAACCGAGCGCACACUCUCUUUUCAUCUAUAGGUGAACAGAGCGCAUUCCCAAAUGGAUACAUGGCAAAUAGCAGGGCGCAUUUGGGUACACGGGGAGACAUAUUCGUGGGAGCAGAUCCGCAUCAACCUGUCUCGAGCCCGCACCCGCAUUUCAGUGAUACCCGGCUCCACUUUGAUCACAACGUGGACAUGGGCAUGAGAGUGACAACACAGACUGGUCACGGUGCUUUCUACAUGCGACAGCACUCUAAGCAGGAUGUCACUUGUAAAUGGAUAGAUGCGAAUCAGACGAAUCAACUCCAAAAAACGUGCGGCAAGAUGUUUUGCUGUAUGUCCGAGCUGGUUACGCACGUCUCCGUGGAUCACGUCGGCGGUCCAGACCAGAGUCUGCAUACUUGCUUUUGGGAGGAUUGUCCGAGAGAAGGCAAAUCUUUUAAAGCGAAGUAUAAAUUAGUCAACCAUAUUCGUGUACACACUGGAGAAAAGCCAUUCAAUUGUCCCUUUCAUGGCUGUGGGAAAAUGUUUGCCAGGUCGGAAAAUUUGAAAAUACAUAAAAGGAUUCAUACGGGUGAGAAGCCCUUCAAAUGCGAAUUCGAAGGUUGCGACAGGCGGUUCGCAAAUAGCAGCGACAGAAAAAAACACAUGCACGUUCAUACCUCAGACAAGCCAUACAUCUGCAAGCUGUGCGACAAGGCCUACACUCAUCCCAGCUCUCUGAGGAAACACUCGAAGGUUCACAAAUCUCAAACCUCCGAGAACUCCCCAACGGGAACGUCUGGAUAUGAGUCGUCCACGCCACCAGCUCCGUGUAGACCUACAUGCUCAAACAUCAAAGACUCGACAAAAACAUCCAUGCUGCUGGUCAAGCGUCAUAAGUCAAUAUUUAAAGAGGAUCUCUCAACCGAUUUGGUUGAAUGGUGCGUUUGAAAGGGUUAACUGUCCAAGUGUAAACACCUAAACGUCAAUAGAAUUAGGAACACGGGCCUAUCGGCCUAUGUUUGACAAGUUUUCAACAAAGUUAUAGAAAAAACAGGGUAUAGGCCUAUGCAUUGCCUUAGUGUUACGCUUUAAAGGCGCCAUCAUAAAAUGCUGUAAUUUUGGAGUAAUUUCUAUUAUGUGUCCUCCCUCCCAAAUGUUUGGAAAAGUCUUAUCCUUGGAAUAGACUACACAUUGACUGUAUAACAGAUGAAAAUGUGAGCCACGCAAAGCCUUUAAAUUAAUAGGCAGGCCUCUCUGUAUAAGCCUAUAGGCUACUGAUAAAUAGACAAAUAAAUGAAUACAUGAUGGAAGACAAAAAUAUACGAAAUGAAUAAGCAAAAGUCAAAUAGGCCUAUAGAAACCAAAUGUAUAAAAAGAAAGAAGGAAAGCAGAUGACCGAUUAAAUAUAUUAAUAAAUAGAGUUGAAGAACAGUAUAGGCCUAUUUGCAUUUUUGAUAGGCUAGCGCUAUUUGAGCUAUUUUGUCAGAAUCCGUUUUCAGACAGAAAACGAUAGGUCUACUGUGGUCGACAUUCCAUGUCGCCUUUAGAAAAGAACAGCAUACAAAUGAAUGGCUUUAUUUCUCUAUCUUAAAAUAUACCGUUUAUAAUAUCAUUUAUUUCAUUGUAUUUUUGUUGGAACGUAUUAUAAUGUCUGUGUAUACAUUUAUGGAUAUAAAUAAAUCAAAUACAAAUUAUAUUUCUAAGAGGCAUGCAACUUGAGUCAACUUUAAUAAGAAAUAUGUUUAUGAGCAUUUUAUACGAUGUUGAGUCUAAUAACUUAGGUAAGAUAAGAUCCAUUUGUAUAGAUGUUUAUUUUUUUUAGAUUCUGGAGUUGUAACCUACCUUUUGCUAAAUGAUUCCCACAUCCAGUGCUUGAGGACAAUGCUAAAGUUGACAACCCAUUACUGCCCACAAGACACAAGUAUUCAGUUGGACGUCAAGGGAAAGGUUUUAAACAAGCAAUUUAAAUACAUCUGGUACAGGACUAGUAUGUUGUUCAGUUCGUCAAAACUAGCAUCAGAUUUAGACUCAAGUAGGCAUCUGUUGUUUUCCCCGCUAAAUGUAAACUACCAUAGAACAAGGCAAAAGUUUCAUAAAUAUCAGGAAGAAUAUAAUAAUACAUUACAUAAAUCUGACCUUUAAAAACAAAGCAAAAAUGGUGGCCUUUAUUUUAUGGCUCGUUGAUUUGUUGGAAAGGGUUCCAUCGGUGCAGUGUAUCCCAAAUGGCCAAUAAAUUGGUACUACUUUAAUUUAGCCUUCCCUGUUUAUUUAUCACGAUGCUGUACAUUGUGUAGAUCCGUACACUAAUCUGCUCUCAGUAUAGCCUAUGAGAUAUCGUCUGCUUAGAAAAUUAAGAAAUUGUGUAGAAAUACCCAGAUAUCCUUUAUCAGUUUAUUAUAAUUAAUGCAAUUUUGACGAUGAACACGGGAGCAGAUAGAACCCAUAUUUAAAUCAAUGCACUGCACCUUUCAUGUAUUAUCUAUUCCAAGUGUUUAUUUUAUUGUUGGCCUUGAACGGGCACACAACAGUUACUCACCUCCUCAACCUAACCUUCGGCUCUAUUCGUCUAGAUCUGCUGGCUUAGCUCGUACUACGUUCUAAGAGGAUCAACCCAUAUAAGCAUUUUCCAACGGCCCUUUGUCACGCAAGUGUCUGUAUCAUCGUUGAGGGGGUCUAGUCGUGUUGAUUUCUAAAGAAUAGCCUGGCUGUGCCAAUGUCAACAGACUUCCUGUCUGUUCUGCGUUUUGGGGGACAACCUCAAGUAUAAAAUGUGUACUCAGUAACAUCACUGCAAUUUCCAAUUUCACAAGCGAUUGAGUAAUAAAUAGAGUAGUCAUGCUUGCCACAUUUGAUUUCAUUUUUAUUUUUUUUUCCAAAAUUCCCCCAUAUCUUCAUCUUCCCUGUUCUCUUGCUUCCUCUUCACCAUAAUCAUCCUCAUUGACCUCCACGACACUGUUCUGAGGAGACUCCUGUCAUAGGAGAGGAGCAGUCAGCCAUGUGGUGGUGGUGAAGGUUGUGGUGACAGACUCGAGCCUGCAGUAAUUGCGCCCCUGCUGAGGUGCUGGCCUGUCUUGGAUCAGGGCCCAGCAGGAGGGGGGCCCCUGACCCUGCAACCAUGGAAACAGCCAGGAGGUGAAGAGGAGGUGAGGGGCCUAACCAGUCACAGACUAAGACCUACUGGCUCAUCUCUCAUACUCACUCAACUGAACAAAAAUUAAUCUUACACCUCUUUGGAAAAUUUGGGAGAGGAGAAACUGAUGAAUAAAUAUGAAAUUCCAUCUCCAGUUGAGGCGGACGAGGAGGGAAGUUAGAGACCUAGCAUUCACAAAACCGUUUAUAGUCAACUAUUAGUUGGUUAUCUGAAGAUCGAUGAGAAAGAGAAAAAUAAACUAUUUGUAAA